AUGCAAGCAAUUAAAUGUGUGGUGGUCGGGGACGGGGCUGUGGGUAAGACCUGUUUGCUGAUCAGCUACACCACCAAUGCCUUCCCCGGAGAGUACAUACCCACUGUCUUUGACAACUACUCUGCCAAUGUGAUGGUCGAUGGGAAACCAGUGAAUCUGGGUCUAUGGGAUACAGCAGGACAGGAAGACUACGACAGACUCCGACCACUGUCCUAUCCACAGACGGAUGUGUUCUUGAUAUGCUUCUCCUUGGUCAGCCCGGCCUCCUUUGAGAACGUCCGAGCUAAGUGGUACCCAGAGGUGAGACACCACUGCCCCAACACCCCCAUCAUCCUGGUGGGCACCAAGCUAGAUCUGAGAGAUGACAAGGACACUAUGGAGAGGCUGAGGGACAAGAAGCUGUCCCCCAUCACCUACCCCCAGGGCCUGGCCAUGGCACGGGAGAUAGGUGCUGUGAAGUACCUGGAGUGCUCGGCCCUGACCCAGCGAGGGUUGAAGACGGUAUUUGACGAGGCCAUCCGUGCUGUGCUGUGCCCCCCACCCGUCAAGAAGAGGGGCAAGAGGUGCACAGUGUUCUGA